GCCACCCCCUAGGUCUAAGUGUAGCCUAAUUCUAUUGCGCCUCUGCCAGCCUGCUCAUGACUAUUAGUCCUUCGAUCAACGUAGUCCAAUUCAACCAGGUUGGCAAUGUUAGGUUGGUACUGUAAAGGUAAAAGAGAGGCUUCAGCUGCACACCUACUCUGCUCAUGCGCGCAUGGAACAGGGCACAUGCAGAGCAAGAAUAUUAUAGCAAGAAAGUAAGAGCCAGUUCUUCGAUCGGAUGCCACUGGCUAGUCCCGACUUUUGCAUUGGCCGGAGCUAGCUUAAGCUCGGAGCUUCCUGAGACAAGAAACCAGCUAGAAGGUUGGUCGAUCGGCGCCAUGAAGGGUGGGAGAAGGCUGCCGCUGCCGCGGCUGGAGUCAAAGCGCAGGCUGUUGUCCUUCGUCGUCGGCGGCUUCCUCUUCUUCCUCGUCUUCCUCCUCUCCUCCCGCCACGACGCCGCCGUCUUACUCGACACCCACUCGUCGGGUCAACUUGAGCUUUCAAGUCGAGAUGGCAUCCUACCGCAGCAGGGAGAGAGCCACGGCCACCUGCAGCAGAGUGCCGAGCAGACAGUCGCGGAGGGGGUUAGCUACGCGGUGAGAGUAGAGGAGAGGAACGACGUCGAGAGAGAAGCAGAGCUGGAGGAGGGAGAGCGUGACAGCAACGCCGCCGCCGCCGCCGCAACAUCUAUUUCCGACGACCAAGCAGCAGCAGGCGCCGCGGAGGCGGUCCGGGACAACUCCGUGCACGUCACUGCCGCCGCGAUAGCCGAGCAACACGCCGCGGAUACGACGUCUCCUCAGCACGAACAUCCAGUAUCUUCUCCGGGGGACAUCACGAGGCGUCCAGAUUAUGUAAACCAGCAGCGGCAGCCGCUGUGCGACUUCUCCGACUUCCGCGCCGACGUCUGCGACUUCUCCGGCGACAUCCGCAUGGACGCCAGCGCGUCGGAGUUCAUCGUCGUCGACCCGGCUGGUGGCACGAACGGGACGACGUACAAGGUCCGGCCGUACCCGCGAAAGGGCGACGAGACGUGCAUGGGCCGCGUCACCGAGAUCACCGUGCGGACGACGGCGGACGCGGAGGCCGCGCCGCUGUGCACGAGGACGCACACCGCGCCGGCUGUCGUGUUCUCGAUCAGCGGGUACACGGGAAACCUCUUCCACGAUUUCACCGACGUGAUCGUGCCGCUGUACAACACCGUGCAGCGCUACCGCGGCGACGUGCAGCUCGUCGUGACCAACGUGGGCUCGUGGUGGCUCGCCAAAUACGACGCGCUCCUCCGCGAGUUGUCGUGCCACGCGCCGCUCGACUUCGCCAAGGCUGCCGCCGCCGGCGAGGUGCACUGCUUCCGCCACGCCGUGGUCAACCUGCGCGCGCACCGGGAGCUGAUCAUCGAGCGGGAGCGCAGUCUGGACGGGCUCGCGAUGCCGGACUUCACGCGGUUCCUCCGGCGCGCUCUCUCGCUGCCCCGGGACGCGCCCACGAGCCCCGGCGACGGCACAGGCAGGAAGCCUCGCCUACUCAUCAUCUCCCGCCGCCGCACCCGGCAGCUCUUGAAUAUUGAUGCCGUGGUCUGCGCGGCUGAGGAGGUCGGCUUCGAGGCCAUCGUGAACGAGUUGGAUCUGGCCGACGACAUCGCGCAGGUGGGGCGGCUGAUCAACUCGUUUGACGCGCUGGUGGGCGUGCACGGCGCGGGGCUGACCAACAUGAUGUUCCUGCCGCCGGGCGCGACGGUGGUGCAGAUUGUGCCGUGGGGCGGCCUGCAGUGGAUAGCGCGGAUGGACUUCGGAGAGCCGGCGGAGGCGAUGGGGCUCAGGUACAUCCAGUACGAGAUUGCCGUCCGCGAGAGCACGCUCAAGGAUAAGUAUCCCAGAGAUCACGAGAUCUUCAUCAACCCGACGGCGCUGCACAAGAACGGCUUCAAAUUUAUGAGGCAGACGUUCUUGAACGGCCAGGACAUCACCGUCGACGUGGACCGCUUCAGAGCGGUGCUGCUCCAGGCGCUCAAGAACCUCGCGCGUUAGAUAGCUGUUGCGUGCCUUGCUAGUUACAUGCAUGCGUGCACGUAGAACUACCUGGUAUAUAUAUACUAGUAACAUGUAUGUAUUCACAUUUGUAAUUGGAACUUUGUAAUGUUAUUGAGGUACACUUCACAUAA